AUGUCUUAUCCACCACCACCUGGGACCUCUAGCCUCCCGCCGCGUCCACCUCCAAGCAUACACGCCUCAACUCAUGCCUUUGCCGGCUUCAAGCCCCGUCAGGUAGCCUCGAGCAACCAACCUAUAGGCGCGCCACCUACAUACUCCGGCGUUCCAGGUGUAUCUACUCCUCCAGCCUACGGCGCUAGCAGACCUUCGCAACAGUCUGCGCCAGCAUACGGAUAUGGCGCGCAAUCUCAGACUUCGUACUCUGCUGCACCGCAGACGACGUAUUCCGCGGGUCCAACUGCUAGCUCAGGAUACAUGAAUCAAGGUUCAUACCAAAGUCAAGGCCAACAUCAACAUCAAAAUCAACAUCAAUAUGGCGGGCAGCACCAGCAGCACCAGCAGCACCAGCAUCAGGGCGGUCGCGGUGGACAUCACCAAGGCGGUCCUCGAAAUUACCAAAAUAGAAACACUCAAAACAAUCAUAAUUCAAAUUUCCCUCCGCUAGACCCAGAGAUGGAAGCCCAGAUUGCGGAACAGCAAUCCAUCUACGACCCCGCUCGUCGAGCACAGCUUGCUGCCGCCGCCGCUGCUGCAAGUAAUACUUCAGGAGCAGACUACAGUGCCAAUCCAUCAGCUUUACCCGACGGUCAACCGGCCCCCGUCCAGCCACAACAGAAGAAAGCAACUGUCGUUCGGUCUGGUGGUGGUCAAACUUGGAAAGACGACUCCCUCCUCGAAUGGGAUCCAGCUCAUUUCCGUCUCUUUGUUGGUAAUCUUGCUGGUGAAGUCACCGACGAGUCUCUUCUAAAAGCUUUUGCCUCUUAUCCAUCCGUUCAGAAAGCAAGGGUUAUCAGAGAUAAGCGUACAACCAAGAGUAAAGGAUAUGGGUUUGUGGCCUUCCAGGACGGAGAUGAUUAUUUCAAAGCGGCGAGGGAGAUGCAGGGAAAGUACAUUGGAAGUCAUCCAGUAUUGCUGAGAAAGAGUACGACAGAAAUUCGUCCAACAGUUGCGAAUAACAAAAAGAAGAACAGUAAGCAUAAAGGAAGCAGCGGCGCCUCAGGGGGCAAUGCUGCGCUCGGGAAGAAAGAAGGAGGUGGUGUGGUUAAAGUCAAGAAGGAGAAAGGGCCUAAAUUGCUUGGCUAA